AUGCAGCAGGCCGUAUUGAACCCGGAGUCGCAGGUGGAGAAGGGCGAGAAUGCCCGCAUGUCUUCGUUCGUUGGCGCCAUCGCCAUCGCCGACAUGGUUAAAACGACGCUGGGGCCCAAGGGCAUGGACAAGAUCCUGCAGUCCGUGGGCGGCCCCGACAAGAGUAUCUCGGUCACUAACGAUGGCGCCACUAUUUUGCGCAGUGUCUACGUGGACAAUGCGGCCGCCAAAGUCCUCGUGGAUAUCGCGAAGACGCAGGACGAGGAGGUGGGCGACGGUACCACGAGCGUCGCUGUGCUGUGCGGUGAGCUGCUGCGCGAGGCCGAGAAGCUAAUCGACCAGCGUAUUCACCCACAGACCAUCAUUGAUGGCUGGCGCAUCGCUCUCACUACGGCUAACGACGUGCUUGUGGCCUCAGCCAAGGACAAUUCACAGGACGCCGACAAGUUCCGUGAGGACCUCAUGAACAUCGCACGCACGACGCUCAGUUCCAAGCUGCUGACAUACGAGAAGGAUCACUUCGCCAAGCUCGCUGUCGACGCCGUGCUCCGUUUGCGUGGCUCCAGCAAUCUAGACUACAUUCAGAUCAUUAAGAAGGCCGGUGGCUCCCUCCGUGACUCGUACCUGGACGAGGGCUUCAUUCUGGACAAGAAGAUCGGCGUGGGUCAACCUAAGCGCGUCGAAAACGCUAAGAUUCUCGUAGCCAACACGGGUAUGGACACGGACAAGAUCAAGAUCUACGGCGCUCGCGUUAAGGUGGAUUCAAUGGACAAAGUUUCGGCCAUCGAGGACGCCGAGAAGGCCAAGAUGAAGGCCAAGGUCGAGAAGAUCGCCAACUUUGGCAUCAACUGCUUCGUUAACCGCCAACUCAUCUAUAAUUACCCCGAGCAGAUUUUUUCCGAGAAGGGCAUCAUGGCCAUUGAACACGCUGAUUUCGACGGCAUUGAGCACCUGGCUGCGGUCACGGGUGGCGAGAUCGCGUCCACCUUCGACAACCCAGACGCCGUUCAGCUCGGGGAGUGUAAGUUGAUCGAGGAGAUCAUCAUUGGCGAGGACCGCAUGCUGCGAUUCUCAGGAGUCAAGACCGGCUCUGCCUGCUCUGUCGUGUUGCGUGGCGCCAGCUCGCACCUGCUGGACGAAGCGGAGCGGUCGCUACACGACGCACUAGCUGUGCUAACACAGACGGUUAAGCACUCGCAGACAGUUAUGGGCGGCGGUUGUACGGAGGUGCUAAUGGCUCAGGCCAUCGACAAUAAGGCGCCGUCUGUGCCUGGCAAGAAGGCGUUGGCCAUGGAGGCGUUUGCCCGUGCUCUGCGGCAGCUGCCGAGUAUCAUCGCUGACAACGGCGGUUUCGACAGUUCCGAGCUGGUGACCCAGCUGCGUGCGGCACACCACCGCGGCGAGACGACGGCUGGACUGGACAUGCGCAUUGGCUGCGUUGGUGACAUGGAGGCUCUGGGCAUUCGCGAAGCUAUGAAGAGCAAGAAGCAGGUGCUCUUCUCGGCUGCUGAAGCUGCCGAGAUGAUCCUCAGAGUAGACGACAUUAUUAAGUGCGCACCGCGCCAGCGUCAGGGACAGUAAGCGGCCGAAGUGCAUUUAAGACGGCGAGUAGCGUUGCGGAAUAGUUAGCAUUGGUGGCGACAGCUUAGCGUGUGCGCUAAUGAACAAGACGGCUAUUACUAGAGG